AUGCGCUCGACUCGUGUCUCGCUGCCAUUACGGCUUCCGCGGAUGGGAUACGCAUCAAGACGCUACUCCGUGCGCGUCCUCGGAGACUCGGCUGCCAAACCUGCAGUGCAGAAUGUUGCUGAUCUCAAAGCAUGGCCCUUGGAAUCUGGCCAGGAUUGCCCGGUGGAGAUCAAUGGAUGGGUACGAAACAUCCGGAAGGCUUCCGCCGUCCGUUUCGUAGAGGUUUCCGAUGGCUCGAGCUAUUCCACGGUGCAGGCUGUCGUGAGUAAGGAGAUGGCUGAAGAAAUCCGACUUGGAGCUGCAGUCCGUCUAAAGGGGUUAUGGAAGCUUCAGAGUCCGCCUCAAGUCUUCUCCCCUCCUCCCGGAGAGCCCGCUCCUACUCCAGAUGAGAAGCCGCCCAGGCUACCACAGAUUAAAUUCAUUGACCCAACCCCUGAUGCUCGUGAAGAGCGGCCCAAAAUCACCGUCCCCGUUGGGGAGCUUCAAGUCGAUGAGGUCCAAAUUCUAGGAGCUUCGGACCCCGAUACAUAUCCCAUCCAAAGGAAGUACACAUCGCCAGAGACGCUACGCAACUGGCCGCAUUUGCGGAUGCGCACAAAUCUCAAUUCAACUCUGCUUCGGCUACGGUCAGAUACCAUUGGGUCUUUGAGUAAGAUUUUCAACCGAGAAAACUUUAUACAAACACACCCUCCUAUCAUCACCUCAGCCGACUGCGAAGGGGCAGGGGAAGCCUUCAAAGUCAUCGGGGGUACUCGAGAGAGCCCCUUUUUCGACAGUCCCAAGUUCUUGACUGUAUCGUCCCAGCUCCAUCUAGAAGCGAUGGCACAGGCUGCUGGCAAUGUGUGGACCUUGUCCCCUUCCUUCCGAGCUGAAAGGAGUGACACAAACAGGCAUCUGAGCGAGUUUUAUAUGCUCGAAGCCGAGAUGAGCUUUGUCGAUGACAUGGGUGAAGUUAUGGAUCUGGUACAGAGGAUGACAAGAUCUCUCGUUCAGGACCUGGCCCAGCAGAGUUCAUGGAAGGAGCUUGAGCAUGCCAGGAGGCAUCCUCGGGGACCCGCCGAAACUCGCACCUUGGAAGACUUGGAUGAUAUCGCCGUGCUAGAACGUCGGUGGAAUGGCAUGCUCGUCCCUGAAAAAUGGCCACGGAUUACAUACUCUGAGGCGAUAAACAUCCUCGAGGAGCACAUUGAAAAGUUUGAGCGGCCACCUGUAUGGGGACAAGGCCUCGGGUCGGAGCAUGAGAAGUUCCUGGCUGAACUAAUCGGCUACGACAAGGAACGAAACGCAUACGUCCCUGUGUUUGUCACUCAUUACCCGCGGGACAUCAAGGCUUUCUACAUGCGGGAGUCGGCAGCCGAGCACCAUAUCAAGGGCCAGAUCGUCGUCGACUGCUUCGAUCUGAUCGCUCCGGAUAUUGGAGAGCUUGCCGGCGGCUCGAUGCGUGAACAUCUUCUCCACAAGAUCAUCACCAAUCUCAGGCACUUCUCGCUUGAGGCGUCUGCGAACGAUCCGCGGCUCAAGUGGUACGUCGACCUACGAAGAUGGGGAUGUCCUCCACAUGGUGGUUUCGGCAUUGGGUUCGACCGGCUGCUGAGCUACCUGAUUGGAGUUCGCAGCAUCCGCGACCUGGUGGCAUUCCCUCGCCUCUACGGGCGGACUGAUUGUUGA